AUGAGCGACCCGCAGCAGUUCUCUGCGACAGAGUUCUUCGAUUCGCAACCCCCGCCGCCCCGGCUCGAAGAACACCUCGUCGCCGUCCAGCGUUUCGUCGAGUCCAACCUCCGCCAAGGUCGCCGCGUCGUCCUUGUCACUAGUGGAGGAACGACCGUCCCGCUCGAACACAACGUCGUCCGCUUCCUCGACAACUUUUCGGCGGGCACCCGCGGCGCGGCGUCGGCCGAGCACUUCCUCCGGUCGGGUCGCUACGCCGUAAUCUUCCUCCACCGCCAGCACUCGCUCCAGCCCUUCUCGCGCCACUACUCGCACUCGACCAACCCGUUCCUCGACCUGCUCGACGUCGUCGACGGCUCGGCCGCCGCCGCGUCGUCCCACGACGCCUUCACCGUCGGCAAGGGCAAGGCGCCAGAGUUCCCGCCGCCGCAGGACGGCCACCUGUUCCCGCCCAUCCCGUCGAUGCACUCGCCGCCAACCUCGCCUCGGUCCCGCGCCGUCCCGCUCGACGGCGUCCUGUCGCAGCAACAGCAAGGCCCCGGCGAGGACGUGUCGAUCCAGAUCCGGCCGCAGAACCUGACGCCCAUGCUGUCGCUCCUGCGGUCGUACAAGCUCGUGCAGCACCUCAACCUCCUCGAGUCGAUCCCGUUCGUCACCGUCAGCGAGUACCUGUGGCUCCUGCGCGGCAUCAGCCGCGUCAUGGGCCAGACGACGGACGCCGACGGCCAGGCGCUCGGCCGGCGCGGCAUGUACUACCUCGCGGCCGCCGUCAGCGACUUUUUCAUCCCCUACACCAAAAUGGCCGAGCACAAGAUCCAGUCGGGCAAGGGCUCGCUCGUCAUCGAGAUGGACCAGGUGCCCAAGGUGCUCAAGACGAUGGUCGACGAGUGGAGCAACGAGGGCUUCAUCGUCUCUUUCAAGCUCGAGACCGACCCAGCGAUCCUGAUCCCGAAAGCGCGCGGUGCGCUCGAACGGUACGGGCACCAGAUCGUCGUCGGCAACCUGCUCGAGACGCGCAAGCACGAGGUCGUGUUUGUCGAGCGAGACGGCGAGGAGUGGCUCCGGAUCCCGGCCGACGCCGAGCGAGGGGCCGGUGGCGAGGUCAAGGAGAUCGAGGAGGACAUUAUCGAGCACCUGGUGGCGCUGCACGACGGGUACUGCGGCGGGGCGAGCGUGUAGAGAGGAGGUGCACAGACCCCUUCCCUCUGCGUGCGGCG